UUCUAAGUGCAGAAACUGAUUUACAGAUAAUUGCCUUCUUGGUUGAAAAUGUACAUUAAAGGAUAACAAAUACAUGGCUUGUGCUUGUUGUAAUAAAGUAAUUUUAUACUCAACAGACACUGGCUAGUGCAGUGUCCAGAGUCAAAUUACUGCAGCUGAUGGGUUUUUACUAAAGCAGAAUUGCAAACACGUUCUGCGUUUUAUUUAAACAGGUCGAAUCAGUUUUCCCGUAAAUAUGAACAGAGAAGAGGAUGGACAUGAUUUUAUUUUUAAAGUUGUACUCGUCGGGGGAUUCCGGGGUGGGGAAAACGAAUCUGUUAUCGCGGUUUAGCCAUAACGAAUUCAAUCAUGAUAGCAAAGUUACUAUUGGUGUGGAGUUCUCAAUACGAUCCCUUAAAAUCGCCGGGAAAUCCGUCCAGGCGCAGAUUUGGGAUACUGCCGGUCAAGAACGCUUUCGAGCAGUUAUCAAUGCCUAUUAUCGAGGUGCAGCUGGAGCGCUGCUAGUGUAUGAUAUUACAAAACGCACAAGCUUUGAAAGCGUAGAGCGAUGGUUAAAGGAGGUUUGGGACAAUGCGGAUCAAAAUGUCGCCAUUAUGUUGGUCGGAAAUAAAAGUGAUUUGCGACACCUUAGAGCUGUACAACAGGAAGAAGGGAAACAGCUUGCUGAAAGGCACAAACUCUCCUUCAUUGAGACUUCGGCGUUGGAUUCGACAAAUGUUGAAAACGCAUUUCUGAACACCGUGACAGACAUUUAUAACAGGAUGGUAUCGGGCCAGAUCCAUCCGAAAAAUGGAAACCGGAAGUCCGUUGGGAGCGAUCCCAACAAUAGUUUCAUUUCUCCACAAGACGGCCCAAUAAAAAACAGUCAACAGUGCGGCUGCUAAAGUGUUAACAUCAGCGUGGAAUUUUUUAUGAAUGCUUGAAAAGGUCGUUCUAAAUUUGUUGGAAGGGUAUGUAAUAGUACUAUGUAUACUUCAAACAUCAACGUUGACGUUUGAGCGUUAACGCUCACCGUAGGUCCGUUACACAAGUCUUACUACUACAUACUAAGUCUUAACGUUUCUUAACAUUCAGUUUUCAACCCGGAACUGCGAAAAUGUCAGGAUUAGCCAACCAUGUGUAGUUUUUACUUGUCUACAAAAUAUUUUGUACUGUCUUAGGCACCGGUAUACGGUUACAUUAAAGUCCAAACUCUCCGCGCUGCAGUUU